UGUAAGCUAACAUUUUUUUAUUUUUUUGAAGAUGGCCGAGGACAAGAAGGAGGACAAAAAGGUGGUGAAGAAGAAGAGGCAUGCGAGCCGCAACCCUCAGCUGGCUCGUGGGAUCGGGCGAUAUUCUCGGUCCGCGAUGUUUGCCAGGAGGGCCUUGUAUAAGCGCAAGACCCGUGCCCCAGUGACUAAGAUUGAGAAAAAAGUAAAGGAAAAGCCACGCAUGACUGUCACAAAGACUGUUGGGGGAGAUAAAAAUGGAGGGACCCGUGUGGUUAAAGUUCGCAAGAUGGUAAGUGCACCUGAUUUGUCUUUUGCAGAGACUUACUUAGAAGUGAGCUUCAAGUGGCCCUUGAUAUUUUUAUAGUUGACAUGCUUUAAA